UUGGAGUCUAUGCAUACUAUAUGCUUGCCACAAAGGAACCAUGACUGGAUAUGCGAUCGAUUGUCUCAUCAGGAACAGAAUAACCAUCAUGUUCUGGGGUUUCCUAGAAAACUUUGGCAAAUAGUGGAAAGCCCUGAAUUCAAAUCGAUUUGGUGGGAUGAAGGAGGAACCUCCUUCGUGAUAGAUGUAGAGCAAUUUCAGACAGAUUUUUUAGAGAUGAAAGGUCAUUUCAGAAUCUUUGAAACGUGCAACAUCAAGAGCUUUGUUCGACGGCUUAACCUUUAUUGAUUCAGGAAGAUGCAGUCAACUUUUCCGAGAUCGGCUUCCCUAUUCCACUUUAUGUGUAUUGAUAGUGCCAAAUUCUUGUAA